AUGCGUUCGUUCUUCAACGACCUUCUCGAUAAAAUUUACGAUUUUUUCGACCGUGAUUCUGAUGUGAUCUUGCGAUGACGAUAAGUUCACCUCUCAUCCUCACGCCACUCUUUUUCAGUUGAUCACCCUCAAUCUUGCCGUUCUUUACUUCGUUCUUUACCUUUUUCAAUGUGUCCUUUACCUGGUCGACGCGUAAGCUUACUGAAAUGAAAACGUUGGAAAGUUUCUUCAGCGUCUGCUUUUUCUACGAUGAACAAAGGAUAGCCGAGAUUUCAACAUUGGCUACACCUUACUGAUGCUCUUUUAUCCGAUGAUCUGGUUCGCCGCGUUCAUUUGCAGCGAUGUGAACAACAAGCGUUGUCUGAGUGUUUGUGGCAUUUUGACGGUGAGUCAUUAUUAUUCAAACCCCCUUCAUUCUUCAUCCUUCAGACGGCUAAACUGAUCGUCUCCAUCGGACUCUUCGGUUAUUUCCACUUUUCGUGCGAUCACAGCCAGAGCAGCAACUACAUCUUCUAUUGUGAGCUGGGUGCUCCUUCGUGAGCACACGCCCGAACUUCCAGACUCGCAUAUGAUGGCUCCGGUGUUUCUGAUUCUUCUGAGCGUGCUCCUCGGCAUCUCGGCGUACGUUAUGUGCAAAAUGAGUUUCUUCCGUUCGGCGAAAAAGGUUUUGACCGAUUUGUACGCGGUCGAAGAGAAUGGCGGAGAGAAGAAGUCCGCUUGA